AUGGAAACAAACGCCGCCAUGGAGGAAAUAUCUAUUCCCACUAUUACUUUGCCUGAGGCUGAGAAUUUAGUCCACGAGUUGUACAAACCAAACCCCCCUCAUACCAUUUCCCGUAUCCAAGAAAUUCUUCAGAACCUUCAGAAAUCUCCUGGAGGAUGGCAGCUUGCAGAUGGCUUACUUAGCCGACCGAAUGACAAUGUCAAGUUUUUUGGUGCCUUGACCUUCACGGUGAAACUAAACACUGAAAGUUUGUCCGACGAGGAUGCAGUCUCAGUGUUGAACAAGCUUAUCUCCUUUCUUAUCACUUCUUUAAGAGAUGGGACAGCUGGCUUUGUCGUGAAGAAGAUCUGUAGCACUCUAGUCACGUAUUUCGUCCACUACUCACAUACGUGGUCUAGAUGCAUACGCCAUCUCUCAUACAGCUUAGACAAACGCACAAGUGUACCGGUAGACGGCAUUGACAACACAUCUCCCUUUGACGGUGUGGUUCAGUCCCUAGAAACUAAGAAUUUCUAUGCCAUUACUUGGUUCGCCCGAUUUCUGGCCAACGAGGCAGAGAAAAUUGACACCAAGUCUACCAAGUAUCUUCCUCUUCAUCAACGACUAUUGGACAAUGCUGGCGAUGUCGCAACAUUUCUGGUUCAUGGUAUCAAGCCCGUUAGUGAGCAAAAUACUCACCCUGAAGAUUCGAUAGGUUGUUUGCUAGCAUGGCUUCAGUAUGGCCAACGCCUUCCGAACCAGACAUUAGUCCAGCAGCUCCGGACACUAAUUCACCCUGUCAUCAACUGUCUUCCCCAUGAGGAAUUAUACGAAGUUGCGGUUGACCUUCUUACAUUCAUCUUGGAAGAUUGGCACCCAUUUCUACUUUCAGACCAUAUCGAAUCCCUGUAUUCCGUCUUCGAGAGCGAAUGGGGUCGAAAUAAAUAUCGCCUCCUAGUCGAGAAUGAUGAUGCGGAUGAUGAUGAGGCUCAGUUUGGGGUAUUUAUGUUGGCCUUUGCCAAUGCCCAAGUAGUCGAAAUGAUGGACGGGUCCAACGAAAGAGCUCAACUCUUCCUUACUAAUCUCGCCGGUCUAUUGACCGCCAAAGGAUUUCCUGGUGUAGAUAACAGAAUAUUUGUUCCAGCUCUCGAAUACAUGGGAUCCUUUGUCGAAAAUCUUCUAGAUACCCUCUAUGAAGCUGAAUCUACACAUAAACUACAAUGGGAUAAGCCGCCUGUAUGGCAGAUCAUGCAAGCCGUCUCAGAGAGUUGGCGAAAGAUACAAUACCCGCCUAUUGCCAUUUACAACGCCUGGGAUUCCACGGAACGGGUUGCAUUUUCUGACGCGAGAAAAGACGUCGCGGAUUUCAUGCAAUCCGUUUACACCAUAAUAGGCAAACAACUAGUCUCUAUGUUUGUAGAACACUUGUUAGAGGCAUUGCCAAGAUCGGCUUGGGCGGAGCUCGAGGCAGCUGCCUUCUGCUUAGGCGCUUUGUCCGAUUGUGUAUCGGAUGGAACUUCAUGUGAUGAUAUACUAACCAAAGUAUUUGGUUCGCCCCUAUUCGAAUUGCUGCGUCAGGGUCAGAAUGUGGUGCCCGUCCGUGCAAGACAGACAUGCCUAUCUCUCAUCGAGCGUUACUCAGACUACUUUGGCAACCACUCGGAGUUUCUGCCAGCUGCCUUGAAUCUCCUUUUCAGUGCUGUCGGGGAUAAGUACCUCGCAGUACCUUCUUCUAAGUCGAUCUAUACUCUCUGCUCUUCUUGCCGAGUUCUCUUAACGCCCGAGGUUGAUGCAUUUCUAGCACAAUACGGGACGUUGCGCGAUCAUGAACUCGAUUCGCUAGCGGAGGAAAGAGUCGUAGGCGCCAUCGCAUCUAUCAUACAGGCAAUGCCUGGGGAUGCCCGUCAGGCAAGCGCCUUUCAACGCUUACUAACUAUGAUCGGUAUGGAUGUCAACGUCAGUUUACAGCUCUCAGCAUGUCCUGAGGGAUCUGUUAUAUCUCCAGACAACCCGUCCCUGGUAAGAGCAUAUGACUUAGCACAGCGCCCUGUCGAGGAGGUUCCAGCAUCGGAGGUUUCGCUGCAGUUAGCAAUCCGAGCUCUUCGUUGCUUGAGCAACGUUGCCAAAGGGUUGCAAUCGCCUACAGAAGCUCCUGUUGAUCUAGAGGCUAGCGAUGGAGGUGUCCAGGCACCUGCUAGCACGGAUUUGAAUCAAAUACAAGUUGACAUCAUGAAUCUCCUCGUUCGGCUUAAGGAGACUUUCUCGAGUAAUAGUGAAAUCGUUGAUGUCAUUUGCGGUAUUCUCCGUGCCGGCUUCUCCGAAUCAGAGCCAGGGCCAUUCGUAUUUCCUCCGCAGAUGGUGACCGAAUUCAUGACCAGCAGAUGGCACCACCGUGUUGCAACUGUUGUGAACACGGCCAGUAUCUUUGUGACCUCCUUGAGUAGUGGGAACCAAAAGAAAUACGUUGGAGAGGUCCUUGGGCAGUUAUUACCUUGGGUUUUUGGUCUGUUACACCAGCUCUCAGAGCCUGACCAAGACCCCGAACUAUCGCAGUAUGGCCUUGAAUUUGCCCAGAGGGUAAUGAUUAGGCGCCCGGAGAUACUUAUGUCUCAACCUUCGAACAUGCUCGAGUUUCUCUUCAUGUUUGCCUUUAAGCUGUUAAACGGAAAUGAACCGUUGCCUAAGCAAGCAGCAGCGGACUUUUGGACUACUUUCAUCUCACUUGCAACGGAUGAUCAGAACACCCAAAACAUUAUCAACAAUGCGAUAACUUAUCUAGGUCCCAAACUUGCCGAGUCGUUGAUUCAGAACAUAGGAGGUAAAGCAGCGAGGAGUGAGCUAGAUAAACUUAGCGACCCAUUAAAGAAGCUGGUGGUGCAACACGUACAAGCUCGCCAGUGGUUAGAGGCAGCCCUACAAGAUCCGGCAUUUCCCAGCGACAAGGUAUCCGCCGAGGAUAAGGAAUUAUUCCUCAAGAAAGUUAUCACGUAA